CUCAAACUAGAGUAUAUACAAAACGUAUAUGCAAAUCUGUUUUCUUUUGGUCAGACUGUUUUACGGAAUGAUUUCUUCUACUCUUAUCGCCACUGUCGCUUGUGGCGCCUUCGCUUCUCUUGUGAGAGCGGCACCACCCCAAGAAUGUUGUUCGAUCCUCUCCAAAGCGCUUCCAAUGAAUGUCUUCGCUAGUGGAUCUUCAACUUGGGAAUUUGAAAAUAAGGACUACUGGUCCUCGACUGCAGUUUUGGAUCCAAACUGUGUCUUUCUCCCAGACACAACAGCCCGUGUUUCUGAGGCAGUCACCCUCCUCGGGGAAAACGAAUGCAAGUUUGCCGUCAAAGGGGCCGGACAUAGCGCCAUCCCAGGAGCUGCUAAUAUCCAUGAUGGCAUCAUGAUGUCGUUAGCUUGGUUGAAUUCGUCAGACGUUCACCUUGAAGAUAAUUACAUCCGUGUUGGAGCAGGGCAGCCACUUGGUAAUGUUUUUGAGGCACUGGAUCCUCACAAUGUCGGAGCUGUCAUCGGAAGGUUCUCCAAAGUUGGCUUGGGGAUGGGAGUCGGUGCUGGUGUCUCAUUCUUCUCAAACCGUGAGGGCCUGAUGAUUGACAACAUUUUGAACUAUGAGGUUGUUAUUGCCAGUGGUGAAGUUGUGAACGCAAAUGCAACUAGCAACCCUGACCUCUUUUGGGCGCUCAAGGGCGGCAAUAACAACUUUGGCGUCGUUACACAUUAUGACUUGUCUAUAUUCAAGACGACUGGUCUCUACGGCGGCCAAGUUACCUACCCUGAAACAUCCCUCGACCAGCUUGCUGAUGUUAUCUACGACUACCAUGUUCAUCAGGCGGUGGACGAUGUCAACACGCACGCUCUUCCUCAAUAUGCUUUCGAUGGCAACUCCAAUGAGACCUCUGCCACGAUCCUGGUUGCGUAUAACGAUGCGGUAGACGAGCUCCCAGAGAUCAUGCAGCCAUGGCUCAAAGUUCCACAUUCAAAGAGCACUCUCAAGAGAAGAACCUACGGUGAUCUAGCUACUGAGCUUAAUGACGGGUUUCCAAAUGGACUUGUCCAGGAGCAGCGAGUGUUCACAGUAUACGCUGAUGAUCAAUUUUACAAGGAUGUCUGGUUCAAAUAUCGUCAGUGGCUCCAAAAAUAUAAAGAUGUGCCUGGAUUUUUCGGAAGCCAUGCGAAGAUGCCAAUCACUCCCCGACAAAUCGAAGAAGGAGUAAAGAAGGGUGGAAAUGCGCUCGGCUUGGAAAAGGGUCCGCAGGAUAAAACGUUGGGAAUCAUCUACUUCGGUGUGACGUUUAACAAUCCUGAAGACGCCCCCGAUGUUUUCCCUGCGCACAAAGAAUUCGUCGAGUCGAUGAUUGAGUUUGCUAAAAGCCGCAAAGUGCUUCACCCACUUAUCAUGCUUACAUUCUCCGCAUAUGACCAGCCAGCUAUUGCCAGCUAUGGAGAUGAGAACGUGGCCAAGCUGCAUGAGGUAGCAAAGAAAUACGACCCCAAAGGUGUCUUUCAACGACUUGUUCCCGGGGGCCAGAAACUACCUGCUCAGUAG